CACACAGACACACGUAUACGAACUCGAACUAGGUCUUUCUCUUUAGCCUGUGGUACUUGAAGUGCGCAGGUUAAGCAGUGAGGCGUGCGCAGUAUAAGAGAUAAAUGAUGAAUAGAAUAGCGUUUUUCUUCUUAGGUUUUGUGUGCAUUGCGAUCGCCGGCGUCGGAGGUCAAGCUCCAGCGACUUCUCCGAGCACAACGCCUGCUCCGCCGGCACAGAAUAAUCCUCCUCCGACUGUCUCACCGCCGCCGACGAACAAUGCUCCACCACCGUCGACUCCUCCUCCAGUGAGCUCUCCUCCUCCUUCAACGCCUCCUCCGGCGACUCCUCCGCCUGUCAGCGCUCCACCUCCCGCCUCGCCUCCUCCAGCGACUCCUCCACCCGCUACUCCUCCCCCGGCUACUCCACCUCCAGCGACUCCACCCCCGGCGUCUCCUCCACCAGCAACUCCUCCUCCGGCAACUCCACCCCCAGCAACGCCUCCUCCGGCCACUCCACCCCCGGCAACUCCUCCACCAGCACCUUUAGCGCCGGUUCCCGCCACUACUCCGGCUCCGGCUCCGGCACCGAGCAAGAAGAAGGUGAAAGCUCCUGCUCCGUCUCCCUUGGGGCUGAGCCUGCCUCUUACACCAACGGAAGCUCCGGGGCCGAGCCUGGGAGCUACCUCUCCCAGUCCAACCCAGAACGACGACAGUGGGGUUGAGAAGAUGAUGUCCAUUGAGAAGAUGGUUGGGAGCAUGGUGAUUGGAUUGGGUCUCCUCUGGUUGGUGCUUUAGAGCUGCAGCCUAUUGGGUCUCUUUCUUUUUUAUUUCAGUGUUAUAUCACUUUUGCCUCUAUAUAUUUACUGCCCAUCAUCCUAUAUAUUAGCCCCCACCUGAUUAUGGGACCUGCUAUUUGUAUUUGAACUAUAUACAUUCGGUUGAAUUCUUUUGGGAGAUUUUUGAGGGGAGUUUUCUCUGCAUUCACUGUUGAGGGGGAGUUGUUUUGUAUUGGAUUGGUAGCUAACUCUCUCUCUCAUGAUAUCUUUAUUUCAUUUUUCUAUA